AUGGUCAACCUCGCUGCAGCAAACGCAGAAUUUUGUUUCGAUGUUUUCAAAGAGAUGGAUACCAAUCAUGGAAAUAGCAAUGUCUUCUUUUCUCCUCUAAGCCUCUUCAUUGCUCUCUCCCUGGUACGGAUGGGUUCCAGAGGUGACUGCGCAAAGCAGAUUGAUAAGGUGCUCCAUCUUCAGAAUGACCCUGGAUCUUCAAAUUCUCAGGGACUCCAAUCUCAGAUGAAAACAUUGCUGUCAGAAAUAAACACAUCAAGUAAUGAUUAUGAACUCAAAAUAGCCAACGGUCUGUUUGCAGAAAGGAUAUUUGAUUUUCAAGAGAAUUUUUUAAAAUGUGCUGGAAGCUUAUAUAAUGCCAAAAUAGAUCAUGUAGACUUUACAAACUAUGUAGAAGAAACCAGGAAUACUAUUAACAAAUGGAUAGAGAACCAAACAAAUGGCAAAAUCAAGGAUAUCUGUCCAGUGGGUAGCAUUAGCUCCUCGUCAGUAAUGGUGCUGGUGAAUGCUGUAUACUUCAAAGGGAAAUGGGAUGGGGCAUUCAGUCAACAUGAAACCGUAACUUGCCCUUUUAAGUCCUCCAAGUGCCCAGGGAAAACAGUCAACCUCAUGCAUCAAGAACGCAAGUUUAACAUGACUAUCAUUAAUGACCCAGAUAUGCAAGUCCUUGAGCUCAAAUAUGUUGGUGGAAUAAGCAUGUACAUAUUGCUACCUGAAAAUGAUCUAUCAGAGGUUGAAAAUAAACUGACCUAUAAGAAUUUAAUGAACUGGACCAACCCCAAAAGAAUGAAGUUGCAGUUUGUGGAAGUAUUUGUUCCUCGUAUCAGGAUUGAAGAAACUUAUCAAAUCAAGAGACAUUUAAAAGCUCUGGGAAUGACAUAUGCCUUUGAUGAAUCAAAAGCAGAUCUUUCUGGAAUUGCCUCAGGAGGACGUUUAUAUUUAUCAAAAAUGCUGCACAAAUCCUACAUAGACAUUACUGAAGAUGGCACCGAGGCAGCAUCUGCCACUGCAGAUAGCGUUGUAGAAAAGCAGCUCCCAGAAUCGGCUUUAUUUAGGGCUGAUCACCCAUUCUUGCUUAUCAUCAGAAAGAAUGACAUCAUUUUGUUUGCUGGCAAAGUCUUAUGCCCUUGA